UGUCUUCAAUGUGCCAAGUUUAAUCUGACUACUUUGUCUGUCUUCCGUGCCACAGCUUCUGCAGGCAUUGCAGUAUCACAGAAGAAAGUGCGACAGAUCAGUGAUCCCAUUCAACAAAUUUUAAUCCAACUGCACAAAAUAAUUUACAUAACACAGCUCCCUCCAGCACUACAUGAUAACCUGAAAAGAAGAGUUGUUGAACGGUACAAGAAAUCACUUUUCAGUCUCCAGAGCAACCCUUGUAACCUGAAAGCAGAGAUGCAAAAGGUCUUACAGGGAUCUCAGAGCUUAUAGAGAUUUUUAGUGAUGACUGCCAUGGACUUAUGCAAUUGUAUGGGAAAUCAUCACUCACUGAUGACAAGACAGGAACUGCUAGUACUUUUGAGUUUGAUGGUGGAAUAACCUAUGAACAGCUGCAGAACAUUAUUGAAGAAAUCUUAGAAGACAGUGGUUAUUAUAAUUUAACUUCAAACAGAUACUGCUCAUUCCCAGUGGGGGACAAGAACAUUUGA